CACUUCCCCACCUCUUGAUAGUAGCCACCGCGUCGUGGUGGCUUGGCGCGGCGCGGAGAGGCAGUAGAGGAGAGGGGGGUAGCAAAAACCUGUCGGAUUCGGUGGAAAGCCCCCAUCUCAGUUCAGAUGGUGGAGAACCCCGCGGUGAGUGUCCGGAAUACGGAAGAAGAGCUACGCCACGGUGACAAUGAAUCCGAGUGAUGACGACGACGACAACGACACACACGACUCAUCUGUGUGGCGCGUCCGGCAUGGCAGACGGUGACGGUGGCCGCUGCAGCCGCAAUCAUCGCUAGUGUCGUCGCAGGCCGAAGACGAGAAGCACCGUUACUCGCGGACACCCUGUGAGCUACGAGAAAGAGAGACAGAGAGAGAGAGAGAGAGAGAGCGGGCGCGCGCAUUCGGUUCGGUUGUUGAUUUUUGGUGUUUUCGGCCGUUCCAGGCGAGGCGAGGCGAUCGCACUCAAACCAGCCGGCCAGCAGAGCCACAGCGGACAAGGCAAUACCGAUUGUGAUAGUAAAAGUAGCAGAGUAGCGAGCACCAACCAGUGCGAGUAGUAGUAGCAGCCGCAGCAGCAGUAGCAGUAGCCGCAGCAAUAUUCGUGAUCUCAAGCGGUCCGAAUUAUCAGUUGAAUUGUCCGUUCGGUGCGUUCCACUUGUUUCCAGCAUCGAUCAACCGACGUCACACAGCAGCAGCAGCAGCAGCAGCAGCCUGUCGGCCAUCACUCAAACAAAAGCCCACCGCUAACCGUUAACCGCUAACCGCUUGUCAUUGUCACUUGGCUGCCAGUGCGCGAUUGGCCUGUGCCUGUGGGCUGCUGCUGCUCGUUGCGGCCAUGUUUCCUCGGGUACGCGACCGGAGCACCGUCUAGUUGAAGCUACUCUCGAGAUCGACGCGGCAAACACACAAAACAGCAAAACAAACAAGCGGACCAUCAACAAACCUCUAUACAACCAUUCAACCUCAACACCUCGACAUCCGAACGACAGCCCGGGAGAGCCAGUCGAGAGAUGGGACAGCUGGAGCGAUCGGUUCGACCGAUGGCCGGUGGCUCGUUGGUACUGCUGGUUACGGCCGCUACGCUCUGUUCCCUGCCCCACCCGAGUCACAGUCAGGUCCUUUACGAGGGCGAUGCAUGCGUACUGCGCGAUGGUUCACCGGGUGUCUGCACCGAGUCGACCCAGUGCCCCUGGUUUCUGGAGACGAUCGUGAAGAACAAGCGGUUCGCGGACCGUGUGAGCUGCGGGUUCGACGGGCUGAACGAGGUGAUCUGCUGCAAGCAGGCCCGGGCCCAGAUGACGGGUGUGCGAUCGCGGCUCGCCUGCACCAGCGUACCGGACUACGAGUCCCGGCUAACCUUCCACAUUAUCGACGGUGAGGAGGCGGAGGAUGGUGAGUUCCCGUUCAUGGCGGCCCUCGGCUACCCGUCCGAUGAGCCGGAGGUGAACGUGAGCUACCGGUGCGGGGCCAGCCUGAUCUCGCCCGACUUUCUGCUGACCGCCGCCCACUGCAUCCCGACGAGCGACCGGCCGACGGUGGCGAUCCUCGGUACCAACAACCUGGCCCCCGGUAACCACGGGACCGUGAUCCGGCUGAAGGCCUUCUUUCCGCACCCGGAGUACAAGUCGAACCGGAACUACCACGAUAUCGCGCUGGUGCAGCUGGAGCGAGCGAUCGAGAACGAGCCGGACGUGAACCCGAUCUGUCUGCAUGACGAUCGGCAGGAUCUGGCGGAGAACACGGUCCUCUCGGCCGAGGGUUACGGCAUUAUCGAUCUCGACCGCAAUCAACGGUCCAACCAGCUGAUGAAGGUCAACCUGACGACGGUACCGUGGCUCAAGUGCAACCAGAGCUUCGCGGACGCCAAUCUGCUGAAGAACAACCGGAAGCUACCGCAGGGGAUCGUCGAUACGCAGUACUGCACCACCGGUACGGAGAACACCGUCACCAAGGUGGUGGGUGAUACGUGUCAGGGGGAUUCGGGUGGGCCGCUGCAGGUACUGGUCGACAAGAAGUACCGGCUGGUCGGCGUCACAUCCUUUGGUAACGGUUGCGGCAGUAACACGCCGAACGUUUCAACGCGCGUUGCCGCUUACAUCGAAUGGAUCGAAAGUAUCGUGUGGGCGUGAGGUGACGGGGGGUUGGCGGGUGGUAAGAGACUCGUCAUUACCCGCUCAACCACAGGACGAAGCGCCGGGAGCCCCGAUCCGAUGGCCUUAGUAGCCAGCGUCUCUUGCAAGGCAAAUGAAAUGAAUGUGCAUUUUUGGAACGCAAUCAAGUGUUUUCUCUUCGGUUUGUGCAAUAAAUUUAGAUUUGGGUACUACUGCUCUUUUACGACGGCCCACAACGCUUCA